UUUCUGUCUUACCGGGGGACGUUUGAAAAGUCUAGACUUUUUCUUUAAGGUUAAAGAGGGAUGUUAAAUAUAUCUGAUUUAUCUGAUACCGAUCGAGAACGUAUCGGGAAACUGUUCAGCGAUUUAGAUAUAGAUAAAGACGGUCGUAUCAGUGUUAAUGAACUUAGUCGUGUCAUAAAAGGAAGCAAAGAUGAAUCAGAUACUAAAAACAAAACAGCUAAGAAAAUUAUGACCAAAGGAGAUAUGGACAAAGAUGAAACACUUACAUUUCAAGAGUUUCUUUCUUACAUUCAUGACACUGAAACUCAUUUGAAACUCGCGUUUAAAGAAAUUGAUCAGAACAGUGAUGAUCGAAUAGACGCUAGCGAAAUCCAGUCAGCCAUGAAAAGACUUGGUGCUAAUGUGAGCGAAGCUGAUGCACAGAAGUUGCUUAAGCGUAUAGAUAAGGACGGUUCCUUAGACAUUGAUUAUAAAGAAUGGAGAGACUUUUUGCUAUUUAGUGGGACUUCAAAGAUUGAUGAAAUAUUUAGAUAUUGGCGACAUGCAUCAGCCAUUGACAUAGGUGAAAAUAUGUGUGUUCCGGAUGAUUUCACAGAAGAAGAAAAGAAAUCGGGAGAUGCUUGGAAAACAUUGGUCUCAGGAGGUAUUGCUGGUUGCAUCUCUAGAACUGUAACGGCGCCUUUGGACCGCAUUAAAUUAACAUGGCAAGCACUUGGAAGUAAGGCUUCCGAAGUAGGUUUAUUGGGAACAGUCAAUAAAAUGGUUAAAGAAGGUGGGGUAACAGCAUUAUGGCGUGGAAAUGGUGUUAACUGUUUAAAGAUUGCUCCAGAAUCAGCAAUUAAAUUUCAGGCUUAUGAAGUUUACAAGUGCUGGCUAAAUGAAUCAUUUGGUAGUAAUCCAGAUGGAAGUCUUCAACUACAUACUAAAUUCUUAGCCGGUUCAUUGGCUGGUGCAACUUCCCAAAGUAUUAUAUAUCCUAUGGAGGUACUGAAAACACGAAUGUGCUUGCGCAAAAGUGGACAGUACUCGUCAAUAUUUGACUGUGCUCGAAAGUUAUAUCACAGUAGUGGUAUUACUAUAUUCUAUCGUGGCUAUGUGCCUAAUAUACUGGGUAUUCUGCCGUAUGCUGGAGUAGAAUUGGCUAUGUUUGAAACAUUUAAACAAUCAUAUUCUAAAGCAUUUUUAUCAAAGGAUGAGAAGUCGCAAAAUAUACCUCCACCAGUCUAUGUUUCUGUUGUAGCCGGUGCUCUUUCAUCAUUAUGUGGUCAGUUAGGCACGUAUCCAUUGGCGUUAGUUCGGACAAAACUUCAGGCACAGGCAUCUUCAGAAAAAAUCGACAAAUGGUAUGAAUACGAAGCAGACAAUUGUUACAAGUAUUACACAGGUCGUUUGUUUCGGAUGAGAUCUCUGUUCAAAUGUAGAAUUCGUAGUUCUUUCCAUUAAUGUACUUUCCUAGUGAAAGCGUAAUCUCAAGCUUUUGCUUAGGGAAAUGGCAUAAAAUGUGAUCAUGCUUCUCGUGUGUUUGUAUCGAAGUGGAUUAUAUUUUUAUGUGAUGAAAGGUCGUUAGUACUUAAAUCAACAUUUUCAGCUUUGUUCUAUGGAGUAACAUACUUAUCACACUUUACAAAACGUCAAAACUAUUCUAAUUUUUUAAAACCUUGUGGUUGAAGAACAUUUUCGAACUGGAUUAUUAAAAAUUGUCAAAAAUAUUGUGGAACAUGAAGGCAUACCAGGUUUAUUUAGAGGAUUAGGGCCAAAUAUUCUUAAAGUUCUACCGGCUGUUAGUGUUUCGUAUGCAUGUUACGAUCAAAUUAAAGCAUUUCUACAAGUUUCAAAAUAGAUCUCUAUACCAUUUUACUUGUCUAAAUGUUAGAUCCUGACCAUUUUAAAAAUCACGUUUGUAUUCUAUCUAUAAAAUACAUUCGGAUUUCCGAAAACUUAUUUAUGUUCACUGUUUAAUUACUGGAUGCAAAUACUCUUAUUUUUUGUUGUUAUUUAAUUAAUCGCUUUAUAUUUUAUCAGAAGAUAAAUGUCAAUUAAUUGUAAUGAAGCAUAUUUUGUUUUUGAAUGAUAUAUAGCUUAUUUUCUUUUAAUGUGAUGUUAUUGUUUCAACAUUGAAAUUUGAAAUGUGAUUUGUAUCCUAUUUUAGUCCAUGAUUAUCAUCAUCUUUCUGAAUGUUUUUAUUUUCAUCAGCAAUAAGAAAUGGAUAUAUUUUAUAUGCACAUAUAUAUUAGUUUUCUGGUACUUAGACAUUUGCUAACUUUUUUCUACAAUGUCUUACUUUUCCUUUUUUUCCGCUAACAUUCAUCAUUUAUUUCUCUAAUCGAUUUUCAACAUAUCGCAUACAUCUUUAAGAUCUCUCUUGUCAGCAUAAUGGAUUAUUUUGUCUAAAAUGUUUAUUUUUGUUGUUGCUUAAAUUCGUAUUUUGAAUACACUUUUUAUAAUCUUCCUUACUUUAUAUAUCGUUCUGUAUAAAUCAAUUAGUUAUUUGAUUUUUACAGUUUUGGAAUGGAAUUGAAGGACUAAAUUAAAAUAAAUUCUCGUUUUCAUAUGAUUACCUGAACAGUUUUUCUAAUAAGUCAUCAUUCAAAGAUGUUAUCUCAUCACUGCUUUUAUUUACUUAUCGUUCUGUAGCCACAGUGACUUUUGGUUUAAAACUCAGCUUCCGACCAUUGGGUCGGCAUUUCAACAUCCCCAACUGGUCAGCAUCAUUAGCCGUCAAACAAUGUAUAGUUUGAAGGCAAGUACAUAAACUAGUUAGUUUCAUAUGUGGAUUUCUUCAUUCACACAGAAUUGUGUAUUAAUAAUAAUUAUUCAUAUUAC